AUGGCUUUGUGGGAAGGACGUAGUGUCAAAAUUAAUGUGCGUCUGACACGAGGAUUUGAUGCUCCAUUUGGACAGCAGUUCUCAAUGGACAGGAAAGCUGCGACAAAUGAGAACACAAAACAGAACAAUAAAUGUGGUCGGGGCAAAUUAGAAGAAGGCGAAAAAGGAGGAGGAGGAAUUGAAAAUGGAAAAGGAGGAAAUGAUGAUGGAGGUGGAAAUGAAGAUGGAGAGGAAAGAGGAAAAGAUGAAGAUGGAGAGGAAAGAGGAAAAGAUGAAGGGGGAGAGGAAAGAGGAAAAGAUGAAGAUGGAGAGGAAAGAGGAAAAGAUGAAGGUGGAGAGGAAAGAGGAAAAGAUGAAGAUGGAGAGGAAAGAGGAAAAGAUGAAGAUGGAGAGGAAAGAGGAGAAGGAGGAGUUGGAGAAGGGGCCAGAGCUGGAGCAGGAGGGCUCGGAGCGGUGGCAGCGGAGAGGCCGCACCAGUGCGCGCUCCAGUGGGUGGAGAGGGCGUGGCGGCGGCGGCCGCACAGUGCCGCUGCCAUUGCGCAACGCAGCGCGACGGCCACCGCUUCGCCGCCGCCGCCGCCCUCGCAGGAAGACAUGGAGAAGGUGAACAUUCACUUCAAUGACAACGGCACGGUGUCCUUCCAGCACCACAAGAUCCUGACGUUCGUACCGGAACUAUCACUGGACAAAAACCUCAAAGUAACCGUCCCCAAUAUUCCGCUUCUGACGCUGUCGACGAUGAGCAACAGCCUGAUGAGGGUGCUACAGACAAUGCUGUCCAUGUUUCUGCGCACCAUGAACAACAUGACGCCGUUCGUGCACGUGUCGGUGGACGAGCUGCUAUUCGGCUACGACGACACCCUAGUGGCGCUAGCCAACCGCUUCUUCCCGGCGCACAAACGGCCCGCCAGCCGCAUGGGGCUGCUGCUCUCGGACGUGCAGACGAUCUUCACGGGCCACACCAGCAUGUCGGAGUUCGGCUACAUGAGCCGUCUGAACGGGCGCGAGCGGCUGCCCUUCUGGGACGGGCCGCCGUGCGACUCGCUGCGCGCCUCGGAGGGCAGUUUCUUUCCGCCGCGUCGCUCGACGCACAGCGACAUCGUGCACGUGUGGGACAAGGACCUGUGCCGCAUCUGGCCGCUGCAGCGGCAAUACUCCGGCGCGAGCGCCGACGGCAUCCCCUACGACCACUACGAGCCGCCAGACGACAUGUUCGACGUGCCGCAGCGCAACCCCGACAACCAGUGCUACUGCCCCGACGGCGACGACGAGUGCGGGCCCGACGGCCUGCAGAACAUCGCGCCCUGCCAGUUCGAUGCACCUGUGUACCUGUCUUAUCCUCACUUUUACAAGUCAGAUCCAGCACUGCUGGAGAGUGUGGAAGGUCUUUCUCCAGAUCCAGAAAAACAUCGAUCGUAUUUUAACAUUCAACCUAAACUGGGUGUUCCUUUGGAAGGGCAAGUCCGAGUUCAGCUUAAUAUCAAGGUUGAUCAUGCACCUAACAUCCACGUUGUAAAGAAAUUUCCAAGCAUCAUUUUGCCUAUUGUGUGGGUUCAGGAGGGAGUUGCAGAUCUCACACCACCCAUCAAACGAUUGAUUUAUCUGGCCACAAAUGUGGCAGACGUCGCUGGGCCUCUUUUUUCAUAUGGUUGUAUAGUAUUUGGCUCAUCAAUUUUAAUAUUUAUAUUUGUGAAAGCUUACAAAAAUGUUGUUUUCACAAGAGAAAAUCUUGAAAGAGGGAGAGAAACUUUGCGAAGGGGUAGUAGUUUUAUCAUCAACGGUCAGCAUAGGUUGCUCAUAGUAAGAGACUCAUAUUCAUUACUCAGCAAUGAGUUGUUGAGUCAAGAUCCAGAUCCAGACGGUGAACAAGAUGCUCAUGUUUGAAGAUCAAAGUUAGAGUAUAAGCAAAUAAUAACAGUGUUUGUGUUAAAGUGUAAAGUGAACUCUGGACAUCAGUGACAGAAGGGAUUGAGUGAAGCAUCACAGCAGAAAUGUCAAGUUAAACUUUCUCCCUGAUGUGAAGACGCUCUGGAGCACGCUCCUUGCCAAAUCACCACAACUCGGUGCUAGCAGAUGAAGCUGCCUUGUUGAAGUGCAUUAUUACUCAGUAAGAGCAUGAAAGUAGAUGUUAAAAAGGUAAUAUUACAUGUAUGGUACAUGUUAAAUAUUUGUAGGUAGUUUUAUUGUAUUAGUCCAACGUAAAAUGUAUCUACCCUCACCCAACAAUAUUAGCAUAUUAUGAAAUUAUGCUCAAUUUUUUAAUCAAGUCAAAACGGUAUCAUUAGUAAGCACACAUUAAGGUUGUGUUCUAUGCCACGUUAAUGCUGCUGAGUAAAGUCUCUGGAAACCUACUGCAAAAUUUCUAAUUGCAGUCUGUGUAAAGCAAAAACACGUGGAAUGCUAGUCAGAGAUAAUGAACAUAUCCUACAUACAAGUAAUGGCUAAUACCCACUAUCAACUGAAAGUUCAAAAUGUGUUUGUUUUUCUUGGUUAAUUCUUAUUCUGUUUUUAUGUUGCAUGUAUUCUUUGACUGGUAGUUCUCAUAACUCAACUGCAUUCCACUCCGUGAAGACUGAUAUGCAUGUUCAUUUGAAGGAAAAAAUAAAAAUUCAUUCAUUUGACAGAAUGAAUCUCUAUGACUAUCUUAAUUCAUAAGACGCAUUGCAUACUGAAAAUAACUAUGAAGUAAUUUUUUAAUUUUCAUUGCUUUUGAUAUACUCUUCAGUUACUGAGAAAAGCUGGUGCCUUUGUCUGAUUCUCUAUUUCAAGGGUCUUCUAGUGCGUUAAAAUACAAGGUCUGCUGGCCAGACUUAAUUUACAACCCUUAGAAUAAUGUUAAACUUCUAGAACUACAGAUUAUCAGAUCACAUUCUAAGAGGGAAGAAUAAUCAAUGGACAUCUAAUUUAUGCUCAGUAUUUUAAAAAACUGUAUUUACAAAUAAGAACAAAAAAUAACAAUUCAAUUCAAUACAAAACAAAGCCAGAUCUAACAGCUGACUUCUAAGUGUUCAACGUGCCUUGUUGCAAGUUGUAGAGGAAUACUCAUUUUAUUCAGAAGUACAAGGAUUUAAGAAGUCAGUCUUACAAUGUCAGUAAAUGUAGAUGGCUGAGAAUAAAUUCUAUUUCGUGGAACACCUUUGUACCUCCUGAGGCAUGACAGGUAUUAAACAUUACAAAAUACAUACGAGAAUCCUGGUAAUGCCUUGCAUAAUAUGGCAAUGCUCAAAUUAGUAACUAGGUAUAAUGAGCAUAGAAUAUUUUGUAUUCCUUUGUAUACUGAAAAUAAAAAUGUUGUACGCUUAAAGCAAA